AUGGACACGUAUGUAAGGCCCCCGAUGUCUGUGUUUACUGUGGAUGGACAUAUUGAUCCUGUCCCUCAUCCUUUACCAGUGAGGAAGAAGACAAUUUUCAGUGGACACUGGGUUAUUCGGCUGGUCCUACUGAUGCUGACCUUGUUGGCAUUGUGCGGAGCAGCCACUGAAAUCUACAUUCUGAGAAAGAUACAGACCAAGCUAGAGGCUACACAGGAAAUGGUUAAUGAAAAAUUUGGUGCACAGAAAAUGACUCAUAAACAGGGCAAGAGAAACAAUCAGCCUCCACCAUCUGCUCAUGUUACUGGUACAGAGAUCACAGGGUUAUACCCAGAGAAACCUCUUCAGUGGGAGUCCCAUUUUGGCCUCUCAUUCCUCCACCAAGUAGAAUACCUGGAUGGAUCUAUACUCUGCAAUAAAACUGGACUAUAUUUUGUAUACUCCAAACUGCAGCUGGGUUAUUCAAACUGUUCAUUAAAAAGUCAAUCCUUGUUCUACUCUCAUCAGGUCUAUAAGAAAAAUGUGAACAUCAAGGAGGAAACAAUACUUAUGGAAAACAAAAUGAAAUUCUGUGAUAACAAUAGGAACUCUUUAUGGAGAGGCUCAAGCUUCCUAGGGGGUAACAUUGAGAUCCAGCAGGGAGAUGAGGUGUAUGUCAGGAUGUCUCAGAAACAGCUCAUACGUGUAAAAGACGGUACCCUAACUUUUUUUGGACUCUUUAUGAUCUAAAGAGGUUGCAUGAUCAACCAAAAAUAUAGAAGUGUAUUAUUUCCUUUUAUUGAGCAUAGCCUAUCCCUAAAUAUACUAGUUCAUUAAACUAUCAAUUUUAUGAAAGGAUCCAUAGAUCUAGAAGCCUACUAUUUCCAUAAAAUUUAAUCUAGAGAAAUAAGCAAAAAGAAAACCUCCAGAACUCAAAUUAAGUAAUAUGAAAAUGGGAAGCAUUCAAUGAAAUGGGAGAAAAUUAUUUCUAGGUAGCCAUGCCUACAAAUAGGAAAAUAACCUACUUCCAAUGGAAGAAAUACAAAGAUAUGAACUGCUUUCAAUGACAGAAGUAUUUCCAAAGAUAAGAGCCUUCCAAAUCAACUUAAUGUGACUCAUUUCAAAUCAAAAGCUAUUCAAAGUCAUUAGAAGAACUGUGCAUACAACUUUCACUGGAUUUUCAAUUUGAAUCCAGUUUUAAUCCCUACAGAAAACUCAUGAUAACCUUUUAUCACUUAUUUUUCAAAGUGUCUUCAUGGUGUAUUAAAUGGAAAUGUAAUGCUCUAUUAGAGAAUUGUAUUACUGUGCUACUGCUUCAUGUGUCUAUGUGUUUAACUCCUGCAAAGUGGUUAAACACAUUGUUAAAUUCAGUUUCAGUAGAGCAAUGCACUACUGGGAGUUAGCUGAACACAUCUGGUGAGACAGCAGUGACAAGAGGCGUGUGUGUAUAUCCACCAACCACCAUCCAGCACCCAGUAGGGACCCUUAGCCUAUCUAGGUAUGCUUUUCAAAAGAGGAUACCAAGAGAACAAAGUAAAGUUGAUGAUAUAACUAAGUUGAAAAGUAUCUUAAAUUUGCAUGCUCUAUCUGAACCAUGAAAGUUUAUUUAUUUUUACUUUUUAAUGAAGCAGCUUUGUCCUCUUAAAAAUCAUUUUUGCAUAUUGAUUACUCCAACUUUUUUUACUUUUUGUGCUUAAUUAAUUUUUAUUCAAAUGAGCACAAUGAUUUCCUGAUUCAUUAUGAUAAUGAAUAAAAAUAUAGGUCAAACCUAAUUUUUACACUAUUAAACUAGUAAACCAGGGCUUGACAAACCCAGGAGCCACUGGCUCUUAACCUUUUGGGUUAAUCUUCAUGGAUCUAUAUACAACUACCACUGUCUGGCUCUUAAACAUAUGUCUGGCUCCUAAAUAUUCUUACUGGCUCCUAAAUUGUAAACAGAUUUGUUGACCCCUGUAGUAAACAACUUUAAAAAAAAAUCAUCAGAAUUGUCAUUUAUAGUUGCGAUAAAGAGUUUACAUAUUUAAAAAUGUUAAAUUAUAAAAUUACUCAACAUUAUCAAAUGCCCUAUGUAUUCAUUAUGAGUUUAAUUAAUCAUUUUCAUUAAAUAUAUAUUUUAAGUAUUUAAAA